AUGGAUCUCGUAGGCUCGGCUUUGAAGUUCGAGUUCGAGGCCAACAACGAGCUCGUAAAUGUCUCGGGUAGAGAAGAUACGUUUAUUCAACCUUUCCCCGAUGUAUGGGCCGGCCGUAACGAGAUUGUCGAUCAUCUUUCCGCCACAAUCUUUCAGAUCUUUAAUCUUGAGAGUCAGACCAAGAGCGAUGAGGUCUCUACAACCGAGUUUUUUCAAGCUGUUUUGUUUUGCUUCAGCAAUUGUGUCAGGAGGCUGGUGAAAGACGAAGCGCACUAUUUUCUCCAGGUUAUUUAG